AACAGGCCCAGCUAAAAAUCCAGGAGGCACCCCCAAUCGAAGAGAGGCAAAUAAUUGUAGAUGUGAAGCAGGUGUGGUCUCCGUGGAUUGAAGGAAGAGAAUAAACUGAAAUCGGAGAGGAAAAGAUGAUAUACCGUAAAUGGAGUCUGCUAACAGGGCCAAUGGUAAUCUUGGGCGGGAUCAUGGGCACUGCUGUCGCAGUUCGCGUCCUUUUCUUCGAAAAUCCAUAUCUUAAACCAGAGCAGAAGAAGCAGGAUUCAACACCAUUGACCAAAUAGAAUGGAGGUGAAAUGUGUUACGAAUGCAUUGUAAUCUUUGGUGGGAGUUUGUGUUCUUUUUAUUACAAUGGAUCUUCCAAAGCUGCUAUGAGAGACAUGAGUUUUUAGCUGAAUAAUAAUGUGGAGAUUUUAAAUCAACAUUUGAGUAACUGUUUUAGUUGUUUCUUAAUAGUUAAAACACUAAGUUCUUUUGGCUUUAAA